CAUUUUUAGCAUACAAGCUUCCAGAAAGUCCUACUCAAUCCUAUCAUAGGCUUUUUCCAUAUCUAAUUUCAGCACUGCUUGGAAUUUUUUCUUCCUUUUCCUAAUUCAUAGUUGGUUCAAUACCUCUUGAACUAUCAUGAUAUUAUCCUGAAUUUGCCUUCCACUAACAAAGGCACUUUGUUCCACUUCAAUCAAUUGAGGCAGCCAUGUUCUUAACCGGUUAGCCUGUACCUUCGAAACGAUCUUGUACGUGAAGUUGCAAAGGCCGAUGGGUCGGUAUUGUUAAUUAGAACUUGACGUGAAAUCAAUUGAUAUAUUUUUGGGUCUGUUUGUUUGAUGGAAAUUAGUGGAAUUGUUUUCAUGAAAGAUGAGUCAUUUUCUUAUGUUUGAUCGUGUUGGAAAAUCACUUGAAAGAAAUUCUGGUGUUUAACAAAAAAUGAAAUUGAUUGGAGAAUCCAUUACAAAUUACCUUUAAAACGACAGUUCAGUCGUAUUUAGAAUCAAAUAAGUCUUCUAGUUAUUGUUCACGGUGCGAAUAAAUGAGACGAGUUUACGAAAUCAGAUUUGAACUUGUCCUGUUGUGACCUGGGGGAAAGUUUUUAGUUUAGUAAAUUAGAACGUGAGGUGGAAUGAAUUGAUCAGAAUGCUUUAUAAAAUAAUAUUUUAUUGCAGGAAAUUUCCUCAGCCCUUCCCGCGAUACUUUGGCUCGUCCAUAAAUACUUCAGAAUUGCAUGCAUUAGACACUACUCUCUUACAUCUCUCUCCUCAUUAUUCAACUCGAUCACUACACUCUAGCUCCCGAAGAUGGCAAAGAGAAAAUAUUCGGAUGGAUCAGCGGUGUCCACCAGUAGAGGCGAUGUUGAGUCAUCGCUGGGGGCUGAAUACGAGGUGGUCUUGAGUUUUAGAGGGCCCGACACUCGCUGGAAUUUUGCCGACUGCCUCUAUCACACCAUGUAUGGAGCUGGCAUUCGCGUUUUCAGAGACGACGAAGAGAUCAGAAAAGGCGAAGAGAUCGGAGGAAAACUGAAGCGUGCAAUCAAGAGCUCCUCAAUCUGUAUUCCCAUCUUCUCUAGACACCACGCUGUCAGUGCGUGGUGUCUUCGCGAGCUUGCAUACAUGGUGUAUCGCAAAGCGAUGAUUCUGCCGGUCUUCUUUGACGUGGAACCCAGAGAUGUCAAGCUUAAAACUAAGCUGUACCAGGAUGCUCUGCAGAUGCACGAGAAGUACGGCUGCGAGGUCGUGCAGCGAUGGAAGGAGGCUCUGGAGAAGGUCGCUGGUAUGAGCGGAUGGGAUCUCAAAGAUACCGGUCAUGGCAAACUCAUUAAGUUAAUCGUUGCUGAAGUUUCGAAGAAGCUGAAUAAAAGAGACAAAAAGCUGCCAGAUCAUUUAGUCGGAAUUGAGGAUCGUGUUGAUGAUGUCAUGCGCCUAAUAGAUGAAGGUUCACCCGAUGUACGUUAUCUGGUAAUCCACGGAAUGGGGGGCAUCGGUAAGAUGACUCUUGCCAAAGUCAUCUUUAACCAAAUUUCUACUCGAUUUCAUGGGUGCAGCUUUCUUUUGAAUGUUCGAGAAGCUUCAAAGGGCGGCAAUGAUGUUCAAUUGCAAAAACAAUUAUUGUCUGAAAUUCUCAACAUCAAACAAGUGGAGAUUUCCGACUGUGAUGCAGGGAUUUAUCAAAUUGACAAGAGAUUCCGCAAUAAGAAAGUCCUCAUCGUUCUUGAUGACCUAGAUAAGAUUGAAUAAUUCUCAAUACUUGCAGAAAAGCGUGAUUGGUUUGGUCUAGGGAGCAGAAUUAUUAUUACGACAAGGGACAUUGACUUUUUGUCGAUUGAAGAGGAGAACCGAGAAAAUAAUGUCCGGACGCAUUUCAAAGAGUUUACAAUCUAUCAAAUGAGAGAAUUGU